AUGGCGGCCAAUAUUCCACAGAUGACCCCGAACGGUCAGAUGAUGAUGCUGCAACAGCAACAGCAACAACAGCAGCAACUUCAACAGCAGCAGCCACCGCAGCCCCAAAACAAGCAAUUGCAGAACUUUAUUUACACGAAUCUGAUGCAAACUAUGGCGACGGUGCCGCCGGGCUCGUGGCAGGCUGGAGUCUCCAUCGGCGACCGUCUUGCCAAGACUAGUAAUCUUGUAUCUAACACCCUUCUGGCAAUGCCAGACGGUGACUGGCAGAAACUGAGCGUGUCUGCCAUUGGCUUUGAGAAGAGACAUUUCUUGCAGUCACCAGAUAAGCAAUCGUACGACCACGCCAUCAACAGCAGACUAGCCGAGUUGGUCAAACGAAGGCAAGGUCUUGCGCCGGACCUCCAGAACCAUGUCAACAAUGACGCAGCCCGGCAGGCCCAGAUGCAGGCGGCUCUCCAGCAGCGGCAGCAGAUGAUGAUGAACCAGAUGGCGGCCCGGGGCUUGGGGCAACCACCCCAGCCUGGGUUUCAGCCGAUGCAAAAUCCAAUGCAGGUUCCGGUUAUGCCUCAGCAGCCCCAGCAAAUCGGUGCCGGAAUGCAGCCGGCGGGGAUGCUCCAAAACCGCCCAGAUCAACGCCAAUUCCCGAACCCGAUGGGCCAAGUUCGGCAAACGAUGAUCCUUCAGGCCGACCCUUUGGCCGGGUUGAACCAGCAGAACAAAGCCAAGAUCAACGCGCACGCAGUCAAACUCAUGAACCAAGCUGAAGAAGGCUACAAGAACCAAAUUCGGGCUGUGGUGCAGCAGAGAAUGACACAAGCCCAGUUGCAAGAGCAUAACGCACAGAAUAAGGAUCCUGUUCUCACCUUCUUCCAGAACAGUGCGCUCAACCAGGCUCGGGAGAGGACCUUGCAACAGCAACAGCAACAGGCACAACUGGCGCAGCAACAGCAGCAGCAGCGAGCGGGUAUGCCAACGAAUGUGAACCCACAAGGGCCACAACAGGGCCACAUGAAUCCUGCUCUCAUGGGGAAUCUUGGCCGGCAGCCUGGCAUGCCUGACGGCCAGCUAUUCCCCACAAACUUGGAGGACAUUCGGAAUGAGCAGCAGAUGGGGUUGCUAGCCGAAAAGGCCGGGCAGACCGUUGUCCCGGCCAGCAGCGGCCCAGGCCGUAAUUCUAUGCCGAACGCGAUGCUCGGGCUUCCCCCACAGAACACGCCGGCUACCCAGCCCGGGCCGAACCCAACAGCACGGCCAACGCAGGUACCACCCAAUUUUGGUGUACCUCAGCAGGUGAAGAUGGACCCGACUGGUGCCCAAGUGCAGGGACCGGGAGGCGUACGUAAUGUUCCCGGCCGGCCCAUGAACGGGCAGCAGGGAAACAUGGGGAACAUGAAUGUUCCACCUCAAACUUCGCAAAGCCCGGCGAUGAACACGCUCAACGCGCCGAUGCGACAGCCUCCCAUUCCUGUGGGACAACCCGGCGCGAACCCGGCGGCCCAAGGUAAUCCGGCUAUGGGGAACAAUUUCAACCCGAAUUUCAACCACGCAAACAACGCGCGCCCACAAUCCCUCCAAGGAAACAACUUAAACAACAUGAACAACCCGGCCAUGGCGGGGAUGGUCUCCAACCUCGGCGCGGAUAGUGCUAUCCGAAACUUUUACGCCGGCUUGCAAAGGGGCCAGGUACCGAACGGCGGCUUUCCCGGCCCCCGGCCGAACAUCAUGUCCGGGAUGCCGGGACAUCAGCCUCAGCCCGGCGCGAUGGGCGGUCCGGGCCAGCCUGGCAUGAUUGGUACCGGCCCGCAGGCUGGCGGCCCGAUGCAGCCAGGCGGCCAGCCGGGGGCUGCGCAACAGCCCAAGCUGCCGAACGGCGAUGCCAACAGCAAUGCCGCGUUUGCCGCGUUUGCUCGGACUCCUCCUGCGCUUUCCAUGAUGAACAACCUGGACAUUCCUCUCCAAAUACUGAACCAGUUGCGUAGCUUGAUCCCGGCUGACACAAAAAAAUGGAGCCAUCUUAAACAGUUUUUGCAAGCGAAUCCUGGCGCUAUCCACCCCACGCUACAGGCGAAGUUAGGGAACUUCCAAAUAUUGCAAUUCAAGAACGCUUGGGAUAAGAGAUCGGCGUUGGCGACAGCUCCAGGGGGUGGUGCACCGACGCCUAAUAUGGCCAUGGCACAACCGCUCCCCCCUGGGGCUUCGUACCCACCUCACGUCUUCCAGGUAGCUCGGCAUGAGGCUGAGCAGGCCCGGCGGGAUCCCCGGUUCCAAAACGUGCCGGACGAGAUGAUGGUGGAUUUGGUGCGGAAGGUUAAGCGCGACUUGUUUGCUAAGAAGACCUGGGAACAAUAUAACCAACAGCAGCAGCAGCAGCAGCAGCAGCAGCAGCAGCAGCCAGGGGUCAAUGUGAAUGCCCCGGGACAGGUUCAACAACCCGGUCUUCAGCCGACUGCUUUACAGCAACAAGGCGGUGUUGCCCAGCCACCGCAGCCUACUCCCCAACAAACAGCUCUCCACCAAGUCCCGCAACCAAAACCAGCCGCUACACCGGUUACCGAAGCGCCAGGCCCAGCUCCAACUGCGAAGCCCGCCCGACAGCCCCCGAAUCCUUCCCCUGCGACAGCGCCCAAGAACCUCAAACGACCGAAUCCCGCCACCGCGGGUGAGACGUCUGGUCAGGCCGCCAAUGCGGCAUCGCGGCCCGGUCCGUCGCAGGAACCAGCCCGGCAAGCCCCCACGGGCGCGAGACCGACCUUGGAACAGCUCAUGAGGUUAUCGCCCGAGCAGCUUUCCAAGAUUCCUCAAGAACAGCUGUCCAAGCUGCCGGCUGAACAGCAAAAGGCGAUUGCGAUGCGAAUCCGUUCUGCGACGACCCCAGAGUCGCUCUCUCGCCUGAAAGUUCUCGCUCAGGACGGUCAUCGCAUUGCGACUGAGGAAAUGAAGCUGCUGGAGACACAGCAGAAGCAGGGCAUCUGGGUGCCCCUGUCGCCUACUGCCCUGAAUGAGAUCCGGCCGAAGCUGAACCAGGCAGCUGAGAAGAUCACGCAACUCCGCAACGCGCAACUCAUUGCGAAGUGGUAUCACCAAACCAAGGACGACGCGCGGGCACGGAUGUACUUCAAGAUUCGCUCCAAGGUCUCUAGGCAAUUCACCGACGAACGCAUGACCCAGCAGGUGGAGGGGUUGACUGUGACCAAUAACGAGCUGGAUCAGUACAUCACGAUGAUGGACAGCAUGUUGCAGGAUCUAGAGGUGCUCAAGCGAGGGCCGGCGCAAGAAGGACAGGCUACUGGAGGAAUGCAAGACCCGAACCAAGGCCAGCCGCAGCCGUCACCCCUCAGUGCCGCAAACCUAGAGAAGCAAACACAGGCGCUUAAGCAGGCACAGAACGCGCAGAGCCGGGCAGCGGGCAAGACGACACAAGGCCAGGCCCCAGCGGCUCCGACCUCCUCCCAGCCGCCGUUCCAGUUUGGGAUGCACAAGUCGCCUGCCGGCAAUCCGGAGUACUACGGCGAGCAGCGCAUCACUCAAGAUCAUCUGGUCAUCCCGCCCGCACGGAAGAAGGUCAAGACGGCAACCGGCGGCCACGCGUCGCCCCCUGUGGCCCAGACGCCCAACACGACGUCUUCACCACAAGUCAAUGCAGCGUCUCCCGUGACGAUGAGGAAGCCCGAGCCGCCGAAGCUCACAUGCCCCGAGCCGGGCUGCGAGAUGAACUCGAUUGGAUUUGCCACGGAGGAAGCCCUCAACAACCACCGCCAGGAGGAGCACAUCAAACCGUAUGAAAACCCUCUCGCUUUCUUCCAGGAGCAGGUGACGGCCACCCUGGGUCUGGACCCCCAGGGCAUACCCAAAGCAUCGCCCAAGGCGGGCACCGCGGGCCCCUCAACACCCUCGGCAGCUCCUAUGGCCAUCAACCGAUCCAAGCAAGGGCAAAAGGCCGGCGCAGCACCCAUGUCCAGGACCGGGUCCAUGCAGAGACAGGGCAGCGCGGCCGGCAUCAAGGCGGCCGGCACACCCGGCACACCCGGCAAGAACCUGCCCCUGAAGCAAGGGGCCGGCACACCCCAGAUCCCCACGGCCGACGAUCCCUGGAUGAAUUCGACCAUCGACCCGCAAAACCUGUUCGCUGGUCUCGGCAACUCCCUAGAGGCGGUCACGGGCACGCUGGUGCCCGACUUCAGCACGUACCGGUCCCUCACCCCCAACGACACGCCCGAGUCGAUGAAGGACAGCGGGGCAUCGGAACCGACGAGCGAUAUCGCCGAGGGUAUGGCCCUGGACAUCGACCUGCAGCUGGGCCAGCCGUUCGAUAACGACUUGUUGUUUGAUUUGGGCAGCUUUAAUAUGGAUAUGGAUAAUCUGGGCUCGCCAAACCUAGAUAUCUAUGCUGCUGGCGCCGAUACUGUGAUGUUCCCGAUCGACGAUUUGCAGAAUGAUUUCUCGAAGCCGUUUAAGGUGCCGCAUGAUAUGUAUUCUCUUGAUGCUUGA